AUGAGCCCCACGAUGCUCGAAGGGCCGAGAAGACGAUGCGAAGUGAUGAAACGGGGAAAACGAUUCGUUCGGAAACACGUGGGCACAGAUAGUGCAAUGUCGGUGAUGGCACUCCGCCGAUCGAUGGGACAAACGCUGCGGCACAUGGUCGAGUUGAAUCAUCGAUCCGAGGUGCAUUACAUGUUGGUUGCCUAUGAUCCAAGAAACGACAAUCCAUCGCUGACUUUCUACGGAUCUCGCGAUAUCGCCCGUGCUGCUCUACGAAGCACAUUGAAAGAUGAAAUAUGUCAAGAGAAUUUACCCAAACAAUUGCUAAAGAAUACAAUCCGAGUGCCCGUCUUUUCCCCCCGGGACCCAUCGGAGCUCGAGGAUCUCGUUGACAAGGAACGUGAGGAAAACGCGUUAACAUUGUACUUCUACAAGGAGAUGCAACGAUGCACUUUCCCAAUGCACUUUUUCAAGAUUAAGGCAAACGACAGUUGGAUCCCUAGAAGAAAUGUUGCAUUUUGGCCGCCAGACUUGGAGGUGCACACACUGCACGAGAGCGGCUUUGGAACAAAGAUUGAUGGCACCCGUUUCGAGGAUCGAACCGAUUGUUUAAUGUACAUGCUCGAGUAUAUCAAAGAAUACUAUCACAAUGUGGUGCUGAAGUCGCUUCAAUUGCAGAUGCAACAUACUGAAGAUGGGUUCGCCUUUGUGAACUGUGACAAUUUUCCUGAAGAUGAUGUUGAUAGGGCAAUGGUGAUUGUUGGCAGAGAGCUGUGCACGAGAAUGUUUGUUUCCUGGGUGCUGAAUCCUCUUCGACCGCUUGACGAGGGAAAACAAUCGAUCGGUCGCCAUUCAACAGCUCAUCAAUUGGAUGACGAUGAAGAUGCGGAUGAAAUUGAUGAUACACAUGAAACGACAUCGAAAAGUAUCCAUGAUGAAGACGAUGAUGACGAGCUUUAUGUUGAGAGCACAGACAUUGACGUUUGUGGAACGGACGAGAAUUUGGGGUGCAGACGCUCGAAAAUCAUUGUGCCGAAAGAUGUCACCGCGUCAAUUCCAUCAACAUCGACAUCAUGGCAAAAUGAACAAAUUGGCUUAAAAGAACUUGCACCAACAAUCGUCAGCCCAACUAAAACGGUGCUCAUCGCCGGGAAACGGGUAACGAUGAGGAGAGUGACGAAUUUGCAGCUCCCAUCCCAACAGUCACAGCAAAUCCCGAUUAUUGCGCCGAAACCUGAACAAGCGCCGUUCCGUUUCAUCAAAAUCCCGAGUAGUCGCCUCUUCGGCACGGAACCUUCUCGUGCAUCGUUGAAAAGACCAUACACCAGCCAGGUGAUUUCAAUACCGAUCAAACACAGCGGAUCAUAUCUUGAUGAUGGCACGUUUCUCAACAAUCCACAGCACGUCCGCUAUCAACACGAGCAUAUCUAUCAUCACGGAGAGGUGGUCCUUGAAGAAACGGUGAGCACAUUGGAUGAACAAGAAGUGAUUGUUGAUGAUGAUGAUGACGAGAGAUCGACAACAAUGACAACGACGACAGGAAAUCGCUAUCUACCGCUUGUAAAUCCACCGAUUUGGGCUACAGAAAGUAAACAGUUAACCCAAAACGAUUAUCCCCAUCGU